UGUCGAUCGGUUAAGCACCUCGAAAAUGGCAACCAGCGUCAACUCGAUUGACGCUGAUUAGGCACGACGUGUCCCGAAAUGGGCUGAUCGAUGUUUCUCGCCUAUCUGUGAUGAUUCUGUCUUCGUCAUGUCUGCUCGUCUCCUUCAUCCCGACGAGUAUGAGCUAGAGACUCGCUCAUCGGCGGAUUCUCAGGAGAGCUUCAAUCUCGAUGAGGCCGACUUCGAAUCGCAAGUGCCUCCGCGACCCAGACGGAUCUUGCGAAGGAUUCCCUUUUUCUCGAAACUCUUUUCGUCGACCUAUUCUGGCUAUCGUCGCCUGAAACCCUCGAGACCGCUCCUCUCGGUUUCAAGACGCCCUGGUUGCUACCGCCGCUUGCUUUUCCGCCGCUGGUGCUUUUACCUCCAUGCAGUCGCAGGCAUCAUUCUUGCCCUAAUCGUCCUAACGUCGAUUUUCCGGCCCUCGUAUACCCGGUUGCCGCCGCAUUAUUUGUCACUCCGGGACGCAGUGUCGCAAUCGACCCAACCCGGCCGUGGAAAUCCCCGCAAUGAGAAAGUCUUCAUUGCUGCGAGCUUGUACGACCGCGACGGAGGCUUGGCACAAGGGCAUUGGGGAAAUAGCGUGCUACGACUGAUUGAUCUGCUUGGACAAGACAAUGUCUUCUUGAGCAUCUAUGAGAAUGACAGCGGACCGGAGGGCGAGCGUGCGCUCCGUGGCCUGGAGGAACAGAUCACGUGUAGGAAAUCCAUUGUAUUCGAAGAACAUCUGGAUCUGGAAUCUCUUCCAAAAGUCGUCGUUCCCGGUGGGUCAAAGAGAACGAAGCGCAUAGAAUACUUGGCUGAAGUCCGGAAUCGAGCAUUAUGGCCUCUGAACGAUGAGCAUGAGGUGCAAUACGACAGGCUUCUCUAUCUGAAUGAUAUCGCUUUUGACCCGGUCGACGCACUCCAGCUCUUGUUCUCCACCAAUGUAGCCGACGAUGGCAUUUCUCACUAUCGAGCCGCUUGUGCUAUUGACUUCAUCAACCCUUUCAAGUUUUAUGACACUUACGCGACCCGGGAUCUGCAAGGUUACAGCAUGGGGCUUCCUUUCUACCCUUGGUUCUCGACCGCAGGCGAAGGCCAAAGCCGACAAGAUGUUCUAUCCGGAACAGAUGCUGUGCGGGUCCGCAGUUGCUGGUCGGGCAUGGUGGCUUUCGACGCCCGAUUCUUCCAGGAUUCUCAGGAAAAUCGAGGCUACAAAGGAGUUCAGACUCCCGCUCGAUUCCGUGCUUCACACGAAAUGUUCUGGGAAGCAUCUGAAUGCUGCCUUAUUCACGCCGACAUCCAAGACCCUCAAACAAAUGAAGAUGAUAGCGGCAUAUAUCUCAACCCAUAUGUCCGUGUCGCCUACGAUCACAGCACUCUGUCCUGGCUCGGUACGACGCGACGAUUCGAGAGACUGUAUUCUUUCAUUCAGAAUCUGGGUAAUCACCUCGUUGGACUGCCGUGGUACAAUUCUCGUCGAAAUGAGGUUUCUGGACAGGCUGUACAGCAGAAGGUCUGGGUUCCAGACGGGAAGGAGAACGGGGGUGGCUCGUUUCAGACUCUCGACAGGGUCGCAGGUAACGACGGCUUCUGUGGACGCCCAGGACUCCAGGUUAUUGUUGAGCAUCGUAAGGAGGGACAAAAAGGGUGGGAAACCAUCCCAAUGCCAUCCUGAAAUUGUUCUCUUUCUUUAAGACGUCUGAUUCUUCAGGGUAGCUAGAUCGAUCGAUUAGCAUUAUUGGUAUAUGAGAUACAUAACUCUAAUCGCAACAUGUACUAUUCCU